ACAACAAAAUUUACAUCAUGAUUAUCAAUGAACCCCACUCAUCAUCAAAUUUGUUACUUUUCCACAUAAUGGAUGGCUCUGAUUCAAUUGUGUGUGUGUUUUUUCAAAAACUAGUAUGUUUUUGGCAUUGUAUCAUUUCCCCAUGAAUGAAAUUGACAUGCAUAUAUAUUUAUAGCCAGUGACUACAAAAGCAAAGAUCAAGUGACAUAUAUAGAGAUUUUCUUUUAAAAGUUUUAUAUAUAUGUAGAUAACAACACUAGAACUCUAAAUCAAGUUUGCUGUAUGCUUUGAGUAAUAGUUUGGGAGUAGUGAGCUUUCCUUCAGCUGCUGUUCCUUCCCUUGUCCUUUAAUUUGGAUAGAGAAAGUGUGUGUGUGUGUGUGUGUGAGGGGGGAGAGAGAGAGAGAGAGAGAUGGAAAAGAUGUUAGGGCUGAGCCACCUCUUCAUGACAUUCUUCCUCCACAGCUUCGCCGCAUUAAUGGUGAUUCCGGCGAUAACCGACGUGACGAUGUCAGCUCUUUGUCCCGGACAAGAUGAGUGUUCACUAGCCAUAUACCUCACCGGAAUUCAACAUGCGGUCACAGGAUUGGGAACGCUUAUAAUGAUGCCUUUGGUAGGGAAUCUCUCGGACAUUUACGGGAGGAAAACCAUGCUCAUAAUCCCCAUGAUCCUCACCAUCAUUCCUUUAGUGAUAUUGGCUUACAGCAGAACAAAGAAUUUCUUCUACGCUUACUACGUUCUCAAAACUCUCACCGCCAUGAUUUGUGAAGGAAGCGUCCACUGCCUUUCCCUCGCUUAUGUGGCGGACAACGUACCGGAAAACAGACGGGCAUCGGCGUUCGGAAUCCUAUCGGGUAUCGGGUCAUGUGCGUUCGUCUGCGGAAACCUAUCCACUCGCUUCCUCUCCACUUCUUCCACAUUUCAAGUUGCUGCAUCAGUAGCGGUUAUAGCUGCGGUGUACAUGAAAAUUCUCCUCCCGGAGUCACUCAUAGACGACGCCGUUUCGACUGGAAAAAUUCCAAAGGAAGAAAUGAGUGUCAGUCUUUUGGAUAAAAAGUCCCCAAACAAGUUUCAGAUAUUCAAGACAUUGCCUUCUCUUAGUGAUGCCAUCUCCUUGUUAAGGAGUAGCCUGACAUUUUCUCAAGCGGCCAUUGUUGCAUUCUUUCUCACUGUUGCUGACGUCGGCCUUUACGGCUCAUUAAUGUACUAUUUGAAGGCUCGUUUUCACUUUAACAAAGAUCAGUUUGCUGAUUUAAUGGUGAUUCAUGGGGUUGCAGGGACUAUAUCACAGCUGCUUCUCAUGCCCAUGUUGACUCCAAUAGUUGGAGAGGAGAAACUGCUUUCUACAGGUCUCCUUUUUUGCUGUGCACAUAUGUUUCUUUACAGCAUUGCGUGGUCCUCCUGGGUUCCUUAUGUUGCUGCUAUGUCCUCUAUCCUGAUUGUUUUCGCAUCACCAUGUCUGCGUAGCAUUGUAUCCAAGCAAGUUGGGCCCAACGAGCAGGGGAAGGCUCAAGGAGGCAUUUCAGGCAUAUGCUCCUUUGCCAAUAUUGUUUCUCCCUUGGCUUUCAGCCCUCUAACAGCUUUAUUCCUUUCUGAUAGUGCACCAUUUCAAUUCCCUGGUUUCAGCCUCAUGUGCGCCGGAUUUGUUGCGAUGAUAGCCUUCAUCCAGAGUGUCAUGAUAAGGGCAGGUCCUUCCAUCUCGAAUUACAAAGUGAGCAACUGCAACUAUGUGGAGCCUUAAUUUUUCGUUGAAGGUAGUGAAUGCUGAAAUAGCAGCACUUGCCUCUCCGCGUUGCACCAGACAAUAUUGUUGGUCUUCUAGGCCUCUUGUUAUGUUCAUCUCAAGGAAAGCUCGAGAAUUGGAGAAUCGGAUGGGUGAAGUCGAAUUAACCUCAAACCCAGGCUACUCUGUAACUUAUUCUAGAAAUACUUUAAUGCAGUUGGUCCAUGGAAUCUGUAUAACAUUUUUGAGGGGGGAUUCUAUCUCCACCUUUCUGUGUCCAGAAUUUCAUAUGGUCCAUUUUUGGACCUUUAUAUAAAAAGAAUGGCAGUUAUUUUA